AAUUCAGUGUUAACUUUAAAAAGAAAUUGGAUGCAAUAGUGAAAACGAAGAGCAGGAUAGCGAGAUAAAUCGGAUAGUGUUCAAAGUAAAUGUAUUAUCAUAAUGCCUAUAUGUUACCAUAUACUACCUUGAGGUUCAUUUCCUUGCAGACAUUUACAGAAAAAUAAAAAAUACAAUAGAAUUUCCGAAACGCUAUACUUAUAUAAACAACAAUUGUGCAAAAGAAGACAAAUUCUACAAAUAAAAAAAAUGAUACUGAGAACAUGAAUUGUAAAGAGUCAUUGAAACUAAGUCCAUAGGUCAUAGUCUUCGGUUAUAAUUCUGCUUUUGGUUUCUGUAGUGGUAAUUCUGAAGCUUGAUCGAAAGUCCAGAUGAUGUCGAGUUCAAACGUCAAACGUUAGACACCAAGACGUUAAAUUAAUUUUUUAAAAAGUUAAUCAAAAAAUUGUUAUAAUUAAGCAUAAUUUUGCUGUUACAUUGCAAUACCGAACUGAACACCAUUUUUCAGUGUACCCUGAUACAUAUGACAAUAAUAAACCAAUUUAUCCACGAGUUUGUUGGCACUUUAUAAUUACACUCUGCAGUGGCUCAGCGUGCUAUUCCAAUGUGAUUAAGAAACAGGCAAUGACGCCACUUUUAUCAGCAACGCCCACAUCCCAUGUAUGAAAUCCGGAUUUAGUCUUGGAAAAGUUAUCUUGGGACGUCCUGCCGCUGAAUCAACAAUGCCGGGGAUAUUGGCAGAUAACUGAAGCCUGCGACCGGUAACCAACUAGAAACGGGCCACUUUAUUUCCAAGCAUGUUGCAGACCAUUUACUCUUCAGAAGCCCCGCAAUCCGCCUCACAUUGCACGUCGAACUGCCGCGACUCACCUAAAGCUAUCCAUUCGCCGUACGCGGCCACUGAUUGGUUACAAACACCCGAAACUCGAGUAGUUGUCACCGGGUUUGAUAACUGACACUUCUAUCAGGGCUGAGAGCCAAUCGCCGUGCAGUGUGGGCGGGCCGUACGGGCAGGUGCGCAGAGGGGAGCGGCGCUGACCCAGUACGGGGUUCAGGAGCAGGAGUGACUUAUGUGAAUGUUUACAUACUCCCGAGGGAUGGCCGAAGCUUUCAGUCAGGAGGCCGUUUUGGAUUUCCUCCUUCGCCACCAUGGAAAGGUGCGGAAUGCGGAUUUGACCGCUUAUUUCAGAAGCUUCUUGAGGGACCCUGAGUGGCAGCCGCAGAACCGAGAGCAGUUUAAAAAGUUUGUCAACUCGCUGGCCGUGGUGAAGGUGGAAGACGGUGUUAAAUACAUCGUCCUCAAGAAAAGAUACGCGGAGUUCAUCCCCGAAGAGGUUCCUACUCCAAGAGAGGUUGAACGUGAGAAGGCGAAACCGAGGGUAGCCAAAUGUAGCCUGCCUCGGGAUAGUCGGCGGGUUUCGGGGCCACCGAGUGCACUCAGACCCGAGCUAAGGCAUCGGCAAGGUAAGGCUCCGAGAGGGAGCGGCAGGACCCGGCGGCCGCCCAACUACUCAGCCGGAGAGAAUCCGGACGUUUCCUGCGGCGUUGUACAGGCGCGGAACACCUCGUCCGGAGGACUGCCCGCCGUGGUGCGAGGUGGAAACCGCGCCGAUGAGGCGAGUCGCUCACGGCCCGAGCCGGCCAGGGAAGUCAGCAAACGAGCGAGUGAGGAUCAACCGGUUCGUCAAAGGAGUCGCACUGCGUCAGUGCUCAACAACGUUGAAAGAUCUGUUGCUUGUAAGCCAAAAGCACAGAGCGCCAGAGAACAUAAAAGCAACAGAAGUCCCGCUGCUUCUGUAGAGUGUACAGGUGACACUGCGAAAUUGUUCAAUGGUGAUGGACCUGUUUGGGCGUCUUCCACCGCCUCGCCUAUCUUUUCUCAUGGUGCCCCGCCUGUUGCUAAAUAUAAAGAGCGAAAACAUACCGAUGAAGAACUUCCAGACUGCAAUUCUGUACAACCCGUCCCGGAAUUCGCACCGUGUAAAUAUAGCGAUAAUUCCACUGGAAAUCUUGUACAAGUGUACGCUUCUCAGAGAACAGAGGAAACUCCGCCUUGUGGUACAAAACUGGCCAGUCAUUGUGGGGGCUUGUCUUCGAAGACAGGCCGGAGCAAUCCAAAAGUACCAGAAGAGCCAUUGACUGGUGGGGUCGUACGUUCAGGAGAACGUAUCCCUCAGAACCAGGGAGAACUGGGUUGUAGGCCGCUUGCUGCGAGUGGACAGCCAAUGGGUAAUGGAUGGUAUCCUGAAAAAGAUUCGUCUGAAAUCCCUCUUAAAGGGACGAAGGGACCUCCUCACAACAUGCUACCACUUUCAAAAGUCAAGAAUCAUACGACUGUUCCGAAAGUAAUUGAUGCACCUCUGAACGUAAGGGAUCCGCCAGCAAGUUCAAUGCAGACCUCAAACCACAGAGAAUGGGGAAAGGAGGAACCCUUAAAAUAUAAAGGACCAUCUGAGGAAUCUUCAUUGGUUCCACUUGACCCGAAAGAGCAUCAGUGGAUAGUGCAAACGGCUGCAGGAUUGUUUGAACAAGCGCGAGCCUUAUUCUGUGAAAACCCCAAUUUUGCCAUAAAAAAAGACUUUAUUUCUGGAUAUACAGUCCUUCACUGGAUAGCAAAGCAUGGCAACCAUCGUGAGCUCACUAGAUUCAUUAAUUGUGCGAAAAAUUGUAAGGUUACUUUAAAUGUGAACAUUAGAUCUAACUGUGGCUAUACUCCUCUGCAUUUAGCCACUAUGUAUGGACAAAUAAAAGUUAUUCAAUACCUAGUUAACAAAUGUAAGGCAAAUCUUAAUAUAAGGGACUAUAGUGGCAAAAAACCUUGGCAGUACCUGAAUAGCGAUUCUCCGAGAGACUAUUUCCAGCUGUUGGGUGCUCCUCAACAUAAGUUUGCAAAGCCUUCUCAAAUAAGCAGCACAUUCUCAGCUAAGGACAUCAGCAGGCAAAAAUCAUCUACUGCUGUUACUAGAAGAUCAUCAUUUUCUGCGCUCAUUAGAUCCCCUCAACUAAUGCAUAAAUUUAUGCACUUGCAUUCAAUACAUGAGGAAGAUGAAAAAAUGGACUGAGAUAGAGCCAAAUCUAAAUGAUUCCAUUUAAAAAUGAGAAUUUCCAUGUGCAAUAUUUAACAUUAUGAUUGCGUUUUAACAGUUUAAUUUAAUCGGAAGCCUGUUGAUACAUAAUAACAUACUUGGGUUUGAAUUUUUGUUUGCUUUAUCUUCAUUGAGUUUAGAACUUGCAACAAUCAUUUAAAAACACCUUUCACCAUUGAAUGGACUGUAUGGAGGAUUAUGAAGUGGGGUUUGAAAUUAUAAAAUUUUAUUUUUAAAAUAUGUAAAAUCAUUGUGCUGAGAUGCAAUGGUACAGGUGCUAGGCAUAUUGUCAAUCAUCCUUUAUCUAGAAACUUGGUUGUAAAUUUUGGUAAUCUCAUUUUGGAGGGCCUGAAUGCUGUUCUGUUCCAAAACUUGUGAUUUUUACAAAUGAUCUGUGAUGUACUGACCAGGAAAAAUGGGGGAAGAGUUUCCGUUUACCCCUUUCUCACUCUACCUUGACAGCCCAACUUUCCCAGCGAUCAACUUAAUUUGUGGCAAUUGUGUUUAUACCUUCCCCUUUUUGAACACUAGUAGUGUGUGGUUUGUUCACAUCUGUUGUGAUCAGGGUCAUUACACUUUGCUAAGAUAGCCUUGCUGUACUUCCCAGUGCUUUCCUUUCCACCUUUUCCAGCUCUGAUCUGAUACUGAAAUUCAGCCAUCAUCAACUCCCAUAACAUGCUGUAGGUGGGAAUCCCAGUUUUCCAGAUAUUUUGGAAGAUAAUGGAAAAAAGGAAUAUUGAGGAAGAAAGGGAACGUGCCACAUGAACUGGGAAGGAAGAACCAGUAAUAAUUUAGAUCUGUAACAUUAUUAAUGAACAUACUAGUCUACACAUUUCUCCAAGAAUUGUGGGCAACUUGUGCCACUUGUCUAUAAUUCCAUUGGGAUUGUGAUCAGAAGCUGAUGCUGAGAAUCAUUUGUUACAAAGUUGAACUUUGAGUGUAUUUAUUGAAACCAAAUGCAGGAACACACUGGCUGGUUGUGAAAAUGGAAUGUGACAAGAAGGCCAAGACAAAAAAAUGCAGGUUCCUUGGUGUAGAAAGGUAAAUUAUCCUAACGGCCCAUAUUCUGAUAUCCGCUCAAAUACCAUAUGCAAACCAAAUAUCUACAAAACCUUAGUAUCUGAAAAUGCUUGAAUAUUGUUUAUAAAUAGUAAUCAUGUUGUCCAGCCCUAGUGCUAUCACUGUUGUAAGGUAUUACAUAUUGACACAAUGUGAGGUGCCUGCCUGCAGUAGAUUCUGAAGCUGAGAUUUGAGGAGUCUGGAUAGUUCUGUUAAUUUUUCAUUCUCUUUUAGCUUUUUUUUAAAAACUUCACUGAAUUCCUUCCUUUUUUCUGUUCCCUGUUGCUCUCCUCUCCAUCCCCAGCUGUACUUUUGUUUUUAAUGAUCUAUCCAAUGUUCUCUUGAUUCCAUACUUUGCAAUGUUAUAUACUUUUUCCCAACUCUUAUCCCAUCCUCAGUCUCUCCCAUCUCCUGAGCUCUUCCCUGCAUGAAUUGUUUUACUGUCUUUCUAUUAACACCAACAAUACAGUGUCUUCUAAUUUAGUAAAACAUCCUGAGUUGCUUUGUUGACAUGUUGGCGUUAAGUAGGUCCCUCACUGAAGGAGUUGACAGCAAUGACCAGGUGUUAUGACUCAUAAUAAAGGAAAACAUUGGAGGUUAGAGAAGGAAUUCCAGAACGUAGAGCCUUGGUAACUGAAGGAAGCUGCUGUUGAUGGAGUAUUUCUGGGUAACUUUGAACUGCUCUCGUCCCCUGCCUUCAUCCCCACCCCGUCCCCAGCUCCAAUCCUUCAUCCCCCUAGCUCCAAUCCUUCUGCAGGCUUGAGUCCACUCCUCCUCAACCUCCAGGCAAGCCAAAAGCAGACUUUCAAAACAUCAGAGUACUCAGGUGCGACUGCACUCCUGCUGACCACAAUCCUUGAAUAUGUGCCUACCGUGACUAGACUUCUUGAGCAUAGCUGCGUCUAUCAGCACUGUAAACAUAUUCCCUGAGCAUCUCUUCUUGCAUCAACAGCAUGUCUAUACUCAAGUCUUUAUUAGAACCUUGACCAAAGCCCUUGAAUAUGUGUUUAUCAGCAUUCUGAAUGAUGCUCAGUGUAUAGCAAUGUACACACAGUCAUUGGCUACACACCUUAAUAUUUGUAUUUAUGAGUACUGUGAGUAUAAUUGCCAAAUAUAUCUGUACCAUCAUGGUACUUCUACUCCUUUAUUAUACCUAGAGUAUGUAUACCAAAAGCAUGUUUGUACUCCUUGAGCACCUUAAUGUAUUCUGAUACAGUUCCAAAUACUGUCAAUUGUUCAUUAUUUUUAGGUUUUAUGACUAGCUGCUGUCUGCGACAUUUGUAACGGAUGUUUUAAAAUGUAAUAAAGACGCAUAUA